AUGGAGGCGACAGGUCUGAUUUUUCCAGCGAUAAGAGUCGGCGAUGUCUCUGUUCCCCCAGUCGCAGAUUUACUGCCGACGACAUUGAUUUCCACCGAAUUGAUAGCGGUGUGGAUUGGAUGCAAGCACCUGUCUGGCCCAGAUUUUGCUGCCGUUAUCGUGAUUUCCGAUGAAAUUUAG